CCAAAGAUAACCCCGAAGAGGAACCUGCACUGAGCCUCCCCGAAUUUGCUGGCUGGCUGUGGUCAAGUGCAGGAAUGAUUUUUAUGAGUGCGUGGACAGAGAACCGUCAAGGGCCCCUUUGGGUCACUUCCGAAGAGCAAAAACGUGUUGAGAGGAGGCCGGUUUAAGAUUUCAAACAGAGCCAACUUCCCCAGCGAGCAUGAAAGGACUUGAUUAGCAUAUGUCAAGAGGCCUGGCAUAUAUACUCGGUGUGUAUGUACACAGGGCUCAUCUGACCGGUGUGCGGAGGUGGAGCCCCAGCCCCCGGCCCCAGGCCCUAACCAGCAGUGGCAGCGGCAGCUAUAGAUGUUUCUGCAAAGCCAGCAGCCUGCCCUCAGCUGCCCAAGGGGAGAAGAUCGCUCCAGGACAGCGAAAGCUUUCCUGCGGUCUCGGUGCACAGCUCCUGCGGGGACCUCACCGGAGUAACCGGGCAUCAACUUUUUGCCUGGUUUUGCUGUCAUCGCUGCUCGCCCCGUUACCCCCGCUGCACUUUUUAUUGGGGGGCCCUUUUAUUUUCCGGACCUUCUGCCUUUCGCUCUGGCCCCUCCAUGGCUCCCUUAGCCGAAGUUGGGGGCUUCCUGGGCGGCCUGGAGAGCCUGGGCCAGCAGGUGGGCUCGCACUUUCUGCUGCCUCCUGCCGGGGAGCGGCCGGCGCUGCUGGGCGAGCGGCGGGGCGCGGCGGAGCGCGGUGCCCGGGGCGGGCCGGGGUCUGCGGAGCUGGCGCACCUGCACGGCGUCCUGCGCCGCCGGCAGCUCUACUGCCGCACCGGCUUCCACCUGCAGAUCCUGCCGGACGGCAGCGUGCAGGGCACCCGGCAGGACCACAGCCUCUUCGGUAUCUUGGAAUUUAUCAGUGUGGCAGUGGGACUGGUCAGCAUUAGAGGUGUUGACAGUGGUCUUUACCUUGGAAUGAAUGACAAAGGAGAACUCUAUGGAUCAGAGAAACUGACUUCUGAAUGCAUCUUUAGGGAACAAUUUGAAGAGAACUGGUAUAACACCUAUUCUUCGAAUAUCUAUAAACAUGGGGACACUGGCCGCAGGUAUUUUGUGGCACUUAACAAAGAUGGAACGCCAAGAGAUGGUGCCAGGUCCAAAAGACAUCAAAAAUUUACACACUUCUUACCUAGACCAGUGGAUCCAGAAAGAGUUCCAGAAUUAUACAAGGACCUACUGAUGUACACUUGAAGUGACAGUGUCUCCAUCAAAGAAUGAAACUACAACCACUCUUUUCCAUCAUAGUUCUAAAGAAGACAUUCAGAAUAUUACAGUGUUUACCACUAGAAAACUAAAUUUGGAAAGAAGACUGAGAAAAAUAUUUGACUUGGACUAGACCAAGAUCACUCUUCAUAAGUGGAUUAAGUUUCCUUAGGUACUUUGGCUCUACCUUUACCAGUAGACUGAAGGUGAAAAUCAAACUGUGGAUAAUGGGAACCUCACCUAAUUUGCUGCUGGUACCUCACUUCUCUGGAUGAUGUUUACUUUGAAAGUUACACUAAAAAUAGAUACUUCAUGUUGAAGAAAUGGAUUGACAUAGUUGGCCAUGAUUACUGCCUUGUAAAUUCUGAGGACCUUGUAGAAUUUUGCAGGAUAUGGUGUCGUAUGUUUAAAGAAAACACUGGGUGGUGGCCGUGGACUCUAAAACAUGUCGCACCAAGAUAGAAAAGCUUUUAAAAGAAUGGACCUAUUUAUACAUUUUUGACUUGCAAAUAUUUAUUAUAUAUAUUUAUUUAUUAAAUAUUUUAUUUUUUACUGGUGUAUGAAGACAAUACAAAGAGAAAAAAAAAACAACAAA